ACACACGCACACGCACACGCAUAUGCUCUGUGUGUGUGUGUGUUUUCCAGAAAUAACUCAGCCUUCAGGGUGUUUCAGCAGGGGGGAGGAGGUUCUGACCUCCUACGGAGCAGCGGCAGCUUUACUGUCCACACUCCAACUGAACAGCAGGAGGGGAACCCUGAACCUCCGGGCCCGAAGGAGAAAUGGGAGCACAGAAGAGGAGUCGGGCGGAGGAGGACGGACUGGAAAUCUGACCGCUGUGGCUGCUCUUUCCUCCUCCUGCUGGAUUUAACUCAAACCAGAUGGUCUCUGUGCCAGACUCCACCGCCGCUCGGCUUGUUUUUUCCUUCUCUCCGACGCCACCAAACUUCAUGUGCUUUUCGACGCAUUUUAAAGCUGAACUUUGAAAGGGAAACGGCACCGGCAGCUCAUUUUAACGGAUCUUAACGGUGUUAACAGUUUCUGGCGGUCCCGUUAUGAUUCCGGUUUUACCGUGAGUUUCCAUCAGCUGACAGGACGUCGGUGCUGAGCACAGACGCAGAGACUGAAGUGGACUGGAAAGAAGAGCUGCUUUCGUCACAGCCUCAUGGUCUCACCGAGGAGCAGAGAAGAUGCGGUUCGGCUGCUUUGAAUCCAAACUGGGUCGUUGACGGCGCGUUCCGGCGGCUCUCUGACUGUGGGUCCAUCCGCUGCGCACUGAACGUCCCACUGCAGGAUGGCGGCUUUUUAAAGCCAGAUCCGUCAGUGAGGAAAGUCGUUCGGACGUGCCACUUGAGUUCAUACUUUCUCAGACUCUUAUUGGUCAUAUUCGGCAGUGAUGCAGUCCAUCCAAAAGCUCUUUUGUCCACGCGUGGGGAGAAAUGUCGCCAAACUCCGUUAAAAUUUAGUUUAUUUUAAAAAGAGUUUGGCUUCUUUUUAACAAAAGACCUUUGGACUGGCAACUUGAGUACAUUUUGAGUUUUCCAGACCCUUCCAGGUUCAUUUGUAAAUUCGGCACAGAUAUACAACAUUGUCAAACUGUCUAAUAGGUUUAUGUCUGGGACAGACUGAGAAGACAUCCGUGUUAGAGAUGAAGAUGAUGAAGACGAGGGGUUAAAGUUAAAGCCCCAGGAAUGUGAAGUGUAGACUGGUUCCUCUCAUGCGGUGCCUCCUGGCUUCAGCCGGCAGACUUCUUCUGAGGGAGGCCGGGAUGCUGCUCCGCCGCCGGUCCUGCUCUGGCCCGCUGCUGCUGCUCGGGGUGGCACUUUGUCUUUUCUACCAGACUCUGAUGACGGCCCGGAACUGGUUCCGGUCCGGACAGCAACAGCUCGCCACCGACAUCCGCAGCAGGAAGCCCGCAGAUGAAGUCCUGAUGGAGGACGAGACCAGGAGGUUUAUUUCUACUCUGGAAAAUUUACAGAGACACACAGGGCAGUCACUCUGAGGUGAUGACAGCUGUUCGCCUUAAAGGAGCAGUCUGACGUUUGAUGUCGUCUUCAUGCUGUUCAGGGUGAACAUGAAGUGAAACUUAGACCGCAGACAUCCUGGUCCUCUGCAUGAUAAAACCAGAAGGGAAAGACUGAUUUAAAUAAAAGUUUGAUUGGUUUCAAUCUGCCACCGGACAAGAGGCACGAUCAGGUUGACCUCAGAGUGACAGCGCUCCAGGUGCUUCCUAGCAACAGGUUCACGAGUUCCUAAACUCUGUAGCCAGUGAGACGUUUGAAGGUUUCUGAGGCAGUCGGACAGGUCCCGUCUCAGCUGUCCCCCCGCCGUCGUCGGGCCGUGGUUUUGAUGGGUCGACACCCAGUCUCAGACACCGAGAUCCAGCUGUACCAGCGCGUCCUGCAACAGAUGGACUAUGAGGUCCAGCUGUCCAGAUACGCCGAGACCAGCAGCUUCCUGAGAACAAACCAGGGUGUGAGUGGGUGGAGCCUGUUGCUGUGCCUCAGUAGUUCAGAGAGAAGCUGUCUGAGGAGAAUCUCCUUCUCUCACCUGCAACAUCAUCAGAUGAUGAACUUGUUGCCUGGGGUGAUGGGGGCAUUUUCUGAUGCAGGUGGAGGUCUCUGUCACUUGUACACUCAUUCACACAUGACAGGAUCUGAGUUACCCAUGAGGCCAUACUCCUGUGGAUCCACCAAUCAGAAGCUGCAGGUUGGAGCUGACAGUCACUCACCUGUUGGAGCCCCGCCUCCUCUGGUUGCCGUGGUGAAUGUUUAUGUCCUGGUAACCUCAGUCAACCCACUGACUUCCUUCCUGCAUGACAUCAGUGUGGUGAUGACCAGGCAGGAGCAGAGGGGGCGGGUCACAAAGCUCAGGAACUUCCUGCUGUACCAGUUUGGGCCAGCGACAUCCCAUGAUGCUUUGGUGCAGGUAAAGAAGGUGAUAGGUGAAGUGCUGCAGGCUGCUGUGUCGACUAAUGGGAAGCAACAAACUCUCAGCAGGUGUGUGUUGUGUUACCAGCUGUUGACCUUCACUCUGCUCUUCAGCGGCUCCAUCACACCUGUAGUUGUCCAGGUGGAAACAGAUCUGACAUUUUCUGCUCUGAAUCAGGACACGUUUGACGGACAGAUCACCAAAGACCUGAUCCUAGAGGACACACUGCACUUCCUGCUGCCAGCACGCGCUCACCUGCCCUCAGAGACAGAGGUGAGACAGUACGGCGGCUGUGGAGGGACACACAGUGUCUGCUUGUCAGAAGACGAGUUUCUUCUUCUGCUUCAGUUUCAGCGACAAAUGAAGACGCCUUCAGCUUUCCAGCUGCUGUAUCCCAUCUCCUCCUCCUCCUCCUCCUCCUCCGGUCCUCUCGGCGUCUCCGAUCUUCUGAUCAGGAUCAGUCAUUACUACGAGCUUCAGAGAAACCACAGCCGCAGAGCUGAUGAGGCGGAAGAGCUAACCAAUCAGGAGUCAGCUCUGUCUUCUUCACAGGAUGGCACUGAAGGUCCCUGUGUCGACCCCCACCUCAAACAGAUCUACACCGACCCCCCCUUCACUUUGACCCCACCCUUCAGCCCCCAGGUGAAGGAGUAUCAUGCCGAAGUCACCUUUGAUACGGUGACGGUUCGAAUUAGGCCGGAGCCCAUCAGUUCAGCCUGCCAGGUCCACCUGGAUGAGCACCGAGGCCCCAGGAUGGUGAACUACCCAGUUGGCCUCGGCAACAGCAGGAUCAGUAUCUUGGUGACGAACGAUGCUGGGCCGGGGCCCGUCGUCAUGACGAUCUACACCGUCCAUGUGUACCGCGAAAGCCGACCCAGUCUGCCGAUGUUCGGGGAUCAUGUGAUGUGCGGCUUUGUGCAGGACUGUGGUCUGCUGGUUCAGCCCAGUCAGUCCUGUGGCCUCCAGCCUUUCGUCCAGUCUGAGAGUUCACUUCCAACCUGCAGCUCAGGACAUGUAGCAGGUCGGUGGGUGGUCCCGUGUCUCAGCUGUUCUGACAACAGGACGUGUGAUUGGAGGGAGGUUGCCUGGCAACCAGAUGGUUGUUAUCACCCGUUAGUGGACCGUCCUCUGCUGCAGGACUGUAUGAUGGGCAGAAAGGUGCUGUUUAUCGGCGACUCGACCAAUCGUGGGAUGAUGUACUUCCUGAUGGAGCGGGUGAACUCCAGCCUGGAGGACUGGGGGAAGGCUCACGACACACUGGUCUACAGAAACCUGAAUGGAGGACAGACUCUGGUCAGCUACUCAUACUAUCCUCAGUUCUGGCUGCAGAAGAAGCAGCGGCCGACGUUCAGACAGGCUCUUCUGCAGCUGCUCAGCAGGUCACGACCUCUGGUGAACUCUCACCUGACAGUUCUGGUGGUGGGUGGAGUCCAGUGGCUCAACUCUGAUCACCUGAGGACAAUCAGAGAAGUGCUGAACAGUGAGUCUCUCAGUGAUAUCCUGGUGGUGGUCAAGUCUUUAGGGAUGGGUUUCCAUCUGCCCGUGGACGGGAUCCGAUCUCUCAGUCUGAGGGAGAUCCAGGAUCUCCACAGAGAGAACCAUAACAUCAUCACCACGGCAAAGCAUCAUGGGUACGAGGUGAUCGACACCUUCAGCAUCACAAUGGGGCGGUACAAAGAGUUCCUGCAGGGUCGAUGUGCCUGCCACUUUCACGAGGUGGAGAAGUUUUGGUCCUCCAGGCUUUCAGACGGUACCACAUCCACAGUUAACAAAACUGCACCUGGACUCAGCAGCCAAUCAGCCAUGCCGGAUAUCGACCAGGAGGCGUGGCCUAAAGCCUCAUCUUAUCACGUUAGAGGACCAGUGAACCAGGUGUACUCUGAGAUCCUGCUGAGCCGCCUGUGUCCCAGAACCAGGACCUAAAAACCUGAGAGGGUGUGUGUUUGUGUCUUUGUGAAUGUGUCUGUGUGUGUGUGUGUUUGUUUGUGUGUGUGUGUGUGUGUGUGUGUGUGUGUGUGUGUGUGUGUGUGUGUGUGUGUGUGAACAAACAGGAGCAGAACUGAGUGGACACUAAAUGCUUUGCGAUAACCAAAAGAAGCUCGUCAGUGUGGCUCUGAUGAGCUACUGCUUUCCAAUGCAACAAAGUCGCUUCCUGGUGUCGGUCGGCCCGCCUCCUGAAGUGUGCUGAGUAUCUGACGUGUACUAGCUAGUUUUAGUACACAGCAGAUACUUUGUUAUGCGUGCUAAUCAGCUGGUUUGUGCUGUAUUGACUCGAUUCUGGGUUUUCAUUCACAGCAGCUGAUGUCGUUCUGCUCAUCCACACGUUUUAUAUUUUAUAUACCUCAGUCGCUGCGUAUAUCAGAUGCUAUUGAGCACCAAAGACUCGAUGUGUUUGUCACGUGACAGAAAAGUCUUAUUUGAUUCUCUGCUUGUAUUUUCUAUAUUUUUCUACAGAUGUGUAUUGUGCCUUUAUCUCUAAAUAUGUUUACAUGCUGCAAAACAGAAUAUCUGAAUAUUUAUAAGAAUGUCACGAUUCUCCUCUGCUCUUUAAAAAUGUUUACCUGACAGCAAAAUGACAUGAUUUUAUCAAAAACGAUCCAACUGUGAAGACAUGAAUUCUGUUUUAUUUUAUUAUUAACAAAACUGUUACGAAUGUUUGAAAAUCUUCAUCUUCUCACUUCAGAAUCCAUUUUUUCUACUGAAAGCUUCCACAAAUUCACGUUUUUUACCCACAUUGCAAACUGUGCCUUUAUACGUUUUAAUGUCUUUGCCAUAAAAGUGACUGUUUGAGCA